GUGCUGAAAUGGAAAAUAUCUUAUUGAUUCUUUUAAUGUUAAGUAAGACACUUUCAGCUGGAGCCCAGUUCAAUGGAUACAACUGUGAUGCCAACUUUCACAGCCGUUUUCCUGCGGAGAGGGAUAUCAGUGUGUACUGUGGAGUACAGACCAUCACACUCAAGCUCAACUUCUGCCCAGUUCUCUUUUCUGGCUACUCUGAAUCUGACUUAGCUCUCAAUGGUCGUCAUGGAGACGCACACUGUCGAGGAUUUAUUAAUAACAACACCUUCCCGACUGUUGUGAUCUUCAGUAUCAGCUUGGCCACGUUGGAGUCCUGUGGAAAUUCCUUGGAGGUGUCCACAGCUCAAGGUCCAAAUGCUUAUGGGAACCUUUCCUUGGUUCAGAUUGGAAACAUAUCUGGGUUUAUCGACACACCAGACCCUCCUACCAUCAUCAGCUACCUGCCGGGUCUGAUCUACAAGUUCAGUUGCAGUUACCCCCUGGAAUACCUGGUCAACAACACACAGCUGGCCUCGUCAGCAGCUGCAAUUUCAGUAAAGGAAAGCAACGGUACUUUCAUCAGCACGUUGAAUCUGCUUCUUUACAACGAUUCAUCAUACGUCCAGCAGCUGUCCAUUCCCAUGGCAGGACUGACCCUAAAGACCAGGGUGUUUGCAGCUGUUAGAGCCUCUAACUUGGAUAGAAGAUGGAACGUUCUAAUGGACUACUGCUACACCACUCCCUCUGGAAACCCCAAUGACGACCUCCGUUAUGACCUUUUCUUUAGUUGUGAAAAAGACCCCCAGACCACCGUCUUUGAGAAUGGGAAGAGCCAAAUGGGGCGCUUUGCCUUUGAAGUAUUCCGCUUUGUAAAGCACAAGAACCAGAAGAUGUCCACCGUCUUCCUGCACUGCGUCACCAAGCUGUGUCGAACAGAUGACUGCUCCAUGCUCAUGCCAAUCUGUGGCAGCAGGAAAAAGAGAGAUAUCUCAGAGAGAAAGGAAUCACCUGGAAAUGCUGUUCUGACUGCUGGGCCUAUCAUCACUCGCAGUGAUGAAACAUCAACCAACAAUUCUCAGCUUGCACAUCUGAAGGCACCAGUGUUUCAGAUGAGCACAGUGACGAGUGUGCUCAUCUCAGGAGUGAUCAUUUUGGGAACAAUAAGCAUUUGCUUCUUCAUCUUCUCCCUCACCCUCCUGAAAGGCAAGAAUUUUCCUGUAAACAGUGUGUCUGGAAUACAUAACUCAGCCUUCAACUGAAUGCCUCAACUCAACUCACAUGUAUCUUGUUCUCAUGUCACAAUGUUAAGCAAGGGGCAACGAAAAGUAGAGACAUUAUAUUUUCACAUGUCAGUUUGCAGGAUACAAAUGCUACCAUGAAAAUUGCUUCUAUGUCUGUACAAUUUACUCUACCAUGUCACUGUAUGUUAGUUACGAAAUACAGCAGGACAUUGUCUAUGUUAUCCUUUGCUGUAUUUUGUAACAAUUUAUUUGUCAUCCAUAACUGACAUCAUGGGAACACUCAGUUUAAGACCUGAGCAAUACAGUUUUCAGAGCAUAGUACAAGAUAAACAGAUUGAAGAAAUGAUUAUAAUCUCACUAUAGCAGUCUUAUCUUAAUCA